UAAGCUCCCAGAGUUCUCAUUGGGUCAACGCGGGAAGCCCCAAGAUGGCGGCAGCAGGGACCUGCGGCACCGGCACCCGGAGUACUGGGUCUAUGGUGGCGGCGGCCAGCACGAACAACGUCACUAGCUUCCAGCGGAGGGGUCCCAGAGCCAGCGGUGCCGACAGCGGCUGCUCUCGACUGGUGUCCAUCGCGGGGACACGGCGGUCGGUGCGGAAUGGACAGCUGCUGGUAUCAACCGGGCUGCCAGCCCUGGACCAGUUCCUAGGUGGAGGUUUGGCCGUUGGAACACUUCUUCUAAUUGAAGAGGAUAAAUACAACAUUUAUUCUCCUUUGCUCUUCAAUUAUUUCCUGGCAGAAGGAAUUGCCAGUGGCCAUGCUUUGUUGGUUGCAUCUGCAAAAGAAGACCCUGCUGACAUUUUACAGAAACUUCCUGCACCAUUAAUUGAUCAUAGCUAUAAAAAAGAAUGCGAUGAAGAUAUAUGCGGUCAUAAAAUGGAAUCUGACAUUAAGAUGAAAAUAGCUUGGCGUUACCAGUUAUUCCCGAAGAUGGAGGGUGGACCAGUAUUAUCUUCAGGAUUUGGUCACGAUUAUGAUAUAUCAAAAAGGAUACCACAAGAACUCAUUGAGACCUCAAAGUGGCAUGGAUUUUUUCUCCCAGAAAAAAUAUCAUCAACUUUUAAUGUAGAAUCCUGUUCUUUGACCUCUGGCUACAUGAAACUGCUACAGUUUAUCCAGAACAUUAUUUAUGAGGAAGGAUUUGAUGGAUCCAAUCCCCAGAAAAAACAGAAAAACAUUUUAAGAAUAGGAAUCCAGAAUCUUGGUUCACCUUUGUGGGGAGAUGAUAUUUGCUGUGCAGAAAACUGUGACGCGAGUCACAGCGUCACGAAGUUCCUCUAUAUCCUCCGUGCGCUUCUGCGAACCUCUCUUUCAGCCUGUAUCAUUACAGUGCCAACACACCUUAUCCAGAAUAAAGCAGUUAUUGCUCGUGUUACAAACUUGUCAGAUACAGUAGUUGGUCUGGAAUCAUUUAUUGGUUCUGAGAAAGAAACCAACCCAUUAUAUAAGGAUUAUCAUGGUCUUAUUCAUAUACGGCAGAUUCCUCGGCUUAAUAACUUGAUUUAUGAUAUAUCAGAUGUCAAAGACUUAGCUUUUAAAUUAAAAAAGAAGCUAUUCACCAUUGAGAGCACUAGCUCCAGGGCACGUGGGCGCAGUAGCUGUGGCAUCAUGCUUCGUUACACCACUGCAUGUGGAAUCUUCCCAGACCAGGGAUCAAACUCUCAUCCCCUGCAUCGGCAGGCAGAUUCUUUACCACUGAACCACCAGGGAAAUCCCUGAGUACAUCUUUAAUUAGAUCUCUGGAUGAGUCUGAGUUGACUGCUCUUGGAAAAGAGCGCUAGUAAUCAAUUCUCAAUGCUCAAAUGCAGGGCAACCCUUACCCUGCCAUAGUAACUGCACCAAACUGUUUUAAUUUUGCCUAGUUACCAAAGUGUUUCAUGUUGUUAUGGUUAGAAUACUCCUCUCUAUCAACCAGAAGUUAAAAAAAUAAUAAUAAUAACACGUAACUCAAUCUUUCCUUCUUGGUAAAGAUUUUGCUACCUCCUUCUCCAUUCCAUUCCCUGCCAGUAUAUUGACUUCUUUCUAAAUUUUUGGCUUACUUAAACUCACCAUUUUAAUGAGAAACCAUGUUGUUUGAUUUGCUAAUACCCUAUCAAAUGAUUUUAAUUUUAA